AUGGCGCCAGCUAAUCACACCGAGUGCAGUCCAUUCCUGCAAUUGAUUGCUGAGCGUGACAUUGAAAUCCGGCUGCACAUUGAUAUUUACAUUGUACGCGGUGAGGCGGAGCCGUCGGACGUGAAUGUAGUUGACUUCAUUGUCACGUCGGCCAAAGACAAAGUCACCCGGCUUGAGGCAUACAUCAAGGAACUGUCAGUUGUAGACAACGUUGAUGAAGCUGCGCUUGAUCUUGCCUACGAAGAGCUAGAGGAGAUGUACCCAGCGACAUUUGAGGUGUCGACGGGAUUGGGAAGAGGCAGAGGUUGCAGGACGUGA